AUGAGUCGCAAUUUCUUUCCUGUGAUUAUGGCAAUUGGUGUCGGUGUCUUUACUGGUAACUAUCUUCUCCUGUCCCUUCUGCCCUCAAUGGUCCUGCGGCCACUGGUCCUGACGUCAAAUUUCUCCGCAGGCUACUACACCUUCCAGCCAACUUUCCAACAGAUGGCGAUCCAAAAGGAACGAACUCCUCAGCAACCACAGUCUACCGGUCAAGCUCAAAAAGGAACCAAUGCGCCCUCCGCCACUACCGAUAGCUCAAAGCCCGAGGGUCAGGGCAGCAAGUGA